GUGGGUACAUGUGUACCGUACUGUACCGUAGGGAAGGGCACAUUAUUGAAAUGCAGCAAGGAUCACGCGCUAUCAGACCCCAGGAUGCCUGUCGACCGACUUACUUCAAUGCUUCCACGGCACCGCAUACAACUUUGACAAGCGGUUCUCCCUCCCGCCGGCCGUGCCCCUUCGUCGGCGUGUGGACGGCGGUGGAGGGCGACUGUGACCAGGACGUGACUCACCUGAGGGCGGGAUGUGUAGCCCUCCACGCCCUUCAGUUCGUCCACGCCUGCUCAGGGGAGGCGGCCAAGCACUCGUACGUGUGCCAUGGCCACUGGGCGGAGGGCGGGUCUGUGUUUGUCGUCGCCUCGCCCCACGACCGCCCCAGCCACCGCCUCUGCCUCACUGCGACCUCCAUCACCAACAACAACAGCAACAACAACAACAACAACGGCAAGACCAACAGCAGCAGCAAGACGCUGCAGGUCACGGCGCAUGCGCACUCUUGCCCGCGUCGACACGUACCUCCGACCACCACUCUUAGUCUGAACCUGACUGCACAAGGUGAAUGCACUGUGGCAAGCGGCAGCAGCCGUCUCUCUCCCGCCCAACUGUUGCUCUCCAUUCUCGCUAUUCUGUGUGUCGUCGUACGUCUGGAAGGCGCAGGCUGCUGCAGUGAAGCGAAGGGUUCCAGAUGAAGUUCUUGUACGGCAUCCGCAGACGACGAGGGUCUUUCAACCUCUCCCAUUGUAAUCUAAGAGAAUCAUUUGUAUCCAAAAGUUUUUUUUCUCUCUUAUUUAUAUAUAUAAAAGAAGUCUUUGUUAUCAUGAUUGGAGGACCACUGAUAGUCUUAUUUUAAGCUUAAAAAAGUAUAUAUGUGGAUGUACUGGUACGAAAAAAGAGAGUAGCCCCUAUUACGCCACCAUAAUGUUAGUCGUCGCACCGUAAUAAUGAGGAAUAGUCUGUGACUAUUUUUAUUCAAGAAUUUUAUAUGUAUUGCAUAAUGAUAUAUAUUCUUUUAAAUGUUCCUGACUAACUCGAAAGCAGUUGAGGUAUAUUUUGAUAACCAUAGGUAGAUAGCACAACCGUACAGAUCCGGUAGACGGAGAGGGAAUGAUAUAGCGCGAGAGAAAUAAAAAGAAAUAAUAAAAAAAGAGAGAACGAGAGAGAGAAAGAGAGAGAGAGAUUAAGCUAACAGAGGGUUUGUAUGAUGCCUAUACGUCCUACAUUUAUAGAAGCACAUGAACAAUAAUAAAGAAAAAGAUACAUUUGUACACCUAGUCAAGGGAGGGCAGGAGCUUGGCCAGGUCCUCUUUAAAAUAAAUAAACGAGGAAAAGCAAGAGGAAAUGUCAUGGCGCCAUCGCAUCUUCUUGGCUCGCUCAGAGGACUCCCACAGCUCCUGCAGAGGUCGGCGCACGGGGGUUCCUCAAGGGGAGAGUCCCUUGACGAUCGCGCGUGCUGGGGGUCCCUCGCACACCACAGCUUCCCCGUCUCCCCUUCUAAAUAGGACCCCCGCAUGGAAAGACCCCCAAGGAACUGACCCCGCAAGACUCGUGACCCCUUAAGACUCCUCCCCUGAGGACUCCAGAAUGGCGGGGUCAUAAAUGCGCUGGCUGUUGUCCCUGUAGUCGAAGGAAUUCCGGUCCCGUGUGCUGCAAAAAAAACGUCGUUGUAUUUGUAAAUACUGUAUCAUACACACUUAGGUUAGGUGGCAGGAGACUGAUGAUGGCUUAGGACAUAUAGCAUAUUCCGAUCCAUCUUGAAGGUGUGGGAUAGCCAGGGGGGUCCUGCGAAGGAGGUCCUGCAGGCUCAAGGAGGUCGAGGAAGAGGAAAAGGGACCCUCGGACGCUCCGAGGAUCUCCUCUUCUCUCUCCCUCCUUGACUUGCCACCCCGAAAUCUCCGUCGCAUGAACUGUGGAUCGAGGAUGACCUUUGACCAUAACCUCAGAAGGGGCAGGGGUUAAGGACGACUUCAGGAUGCUGCGGCUCUCGUUGUUAGGGAAGUUGUGUAUUGGUGAUAUGGCGGAUAUUUGCACAAAGGGGUUUAUUUAGUGGUCUGUUGCAGCAUCACUGAGGGCGUUUCCUCGAAGGCGAGUUCAUGUAGGUUGGCUUUAUACUCUUAAAAAUACUUGUUGAU